AUGAGCGCUAUAGUCGACAAACCGCAGUCGGCUGUAAUCACCGAAUCUCCUGAGCGAGGGUGCAAUGCCUACGGCCUGCAAUUAGGCAGAGGUAGUCGGACACGCCCGCGCAAAAUGCCGGAUAAACGUGAAACAACCGGAUAUGUUUAUCGCUGCGCAGACCACCGAAAAAUUGCAGUGUGCAGCGAUCUGGUAUGCCGCGCCGCCUACUGGAAGUGUGGACCGAUUGAAGGACAUCGCACGUGUCCACGAAACGACGGGAGCGGAUUAGCCGGCGGCACGGGACAAAUCGGAGAAAUUGGAACUGGCGAGGGAAAAGGUGGCGGAGCUGGUGGAACGAUUCGAACUGCUGGCGGUGCAUUCGGUCGUCUUGAAGCAGCUAGAGAAGAAGAGUACUUUUAUAAAGAGCAACAGCGACAAUUAGCGGCAUUGCAUAAACAUCUGAAAGACGAAGUGGAACAUCAUGAACAGCUAAUCAAGCAUCAUAUGGAGGCAAUGGAACGACACAAGAAGAAGAUAUCUGAAAUUGUAGAAGAGCAGACAGCAUUGAAGAAGUGGACUUAG